AGCCCCCGGAGCUCGGACAAUGCCAGAUCCAGCGUUCACACGGCUCCCCACGGCCGCCCCCUCCCCAUCUUAACUCCACCCCUACCGAGCAGCUUCUCUCCAUUGCCGGCCGCUAGGGGUCACUGCCUCCCUUUGUCAGCGACCGGGGAGGGCAGCCCGCCCUCCGGCCCUCUCCACGGCCGAAAGGCGACUCGAGGGGCAUCUUGCUAGCGAAGGGGUCUGCGUGGGACCCCACGGCCACGCUCGCAGCCGCAGCUGCCUGGGUUGGGAGGUGCAGGAGCGCGGGCGGAGACCCGGCCAGGGUUGGGCCGGGCGCGUGGGAGCCAGGAGGGGGUUAACGCUAACCCCUCCCCCCGGGCUGACAUCACGGGAGAGCGGGUGAGAGGCUGGUUCGGCGAGUGAGAGAAAGAGAGGGAGCGCAGCAAGCGCGGCUCGCCUCGGCUCCCAGGCAGCUCCACAUUGUUGCGGAUCGCCCGCACCGGGCGCAGCGGCAGCGGUGGGGACCCGUGGCGCACCCGGCUUGCUCCCCUCGCACCUCCAAGACCGCGCAGCCCGGAGCCUCGAGGGCAGCUGGCCGCCGUAGCCGCACACCACCGCCUGGGCCCCGAGCCCUCCGCACCGCCCGGCCACCCUCGGAGAACAGCCGGCCAUGGACGCCUGCAAGUUGGAACCGAGCGGGAGGGUGUGAGUGCGCCCAGGGCCGGGAGCCUGCGCCGCGCUAGUAGGGCAGCCGGGCGCGCCGGGGGUGGGUCCCUCUCCCCAGCCCGGCUCUGCGUGGAAGAAGAGGGCGGGGACCGGAUCGAAGAGGAGGAGAGCAGAGGAGGCGAAGGGGGCAUGACUCGUGCAACUUGCGGCGGGCAUCUGCUGAGGCUCUGAGCCGGCGGCAGCCCGGGCCCGGAUUGCGGCCGCGAGGAUCCCACCCAGCCCAUCCCGCCCCGGCCGACGGCUGCGGCUGACCUGGAUCCACCGAGCGCCAGCCGGCCGCCAGCGAUCCGCCCUCGUCUUCCAGGCUGGUUUCUGGAGCGCGAGGAGCGCCCUCCUGGCCGCCCCUUUCGCCGGACCCCCGCCCUCCGAUGGCUCGGAUGGGGCUUGCGGGCGCCGUUGGACGCUGGUGGGGACUCGCUCUCGGUUUGGCCACCUUCUUCCCAGGCACUCACACGCAGGUGGUACAGGUGAACGACUCCAUGUAUGGCUUCAUCGGCACAGACGUGGUAUUGCACUGUAGCUUUGCCAACCCACUGCCCAGUGUGAAGAUUACCCAGGUCACGUGGCAGAAGGCCACCAAUGGCUCCAAGCAGAACAUGGCCAUCUACAACCCAACUAUGGGCGUCUCCGUGUUGCCGCCCUAUGAGAAGCGAGUGGAGUUCCUGCGACCCUCCUUCAUUGAUGGCACCAUCCGCCUCUCCCGCCUGGAGCUGGAGGACGAGGGCAUGUACAUCUGUGAAUUUGCUACCUUUCCUACAGGCAACCGCGAGAGCCAGCUCAAUCUCACUGUGAUGGCCAAACCUACCAACUGGAUCGAGGGCACCCAUGCAGUGCUUCGAGCCAGGAAGGGACAGGAUGACAAGGUCCUGGUGGCCACCUGCACCUCAGCCAACGGGAAGCCUCCCAGUGUGGUGUCCUGGGAAACGCGGCUAAAGGGCGAGGCAGAGUACCAGGAAAUUCGGAACCCCAAUGGCACAGUGACAGUCAUCAGCCGUUACCGCUUGGUGCCCAGCCGGGAAGCCCACCGGCAGUCCCUGGCUUGCAUCGUCAACUAUCACCUGGACCGCUUCAGGGAGAGCCUCACGCUCAACGUGCAGUAUGAACCUGAGGUGACCAUUGAGGGCUUUGAUGGCAAUUGGUACCUGCAGAGGACAGACGUGAAGCUUACAUGCAAAGCAGAUGCUAACCCUCCAGCCACCGAGUACCACUGGACCACGCUGAAUGGCUCUCUCCCCAAGGGUGUGGAGGCCCAGAACAGAACCCUCUUCUUCCGAGGACCCAUCAACUACAGCCUGGCAGGAACCUACAUCUGUGAGGCCACCAACCCCAUUGGCACCCGCUCAGGGCAGGUGGAGGUCAAUAUCACAGAGUUCCCCUACACCCCAUCUCCUGAACAUGGGCGGCGUUCGGGGCAGGUGCCCACAGCCAUCAUCGGGGGCGUGGCUGGGAGUGUCCUGCUGGUGCUGAUUGUGGUUGGAGGGAUCAUAGUGGCCCUGCGCCGGCGCCGGCACACCUUCAAGGGCGACUACAGUACCAAGAAGCAUGUAUAUGGCAAUGGCUACAGCAAGGCAGGGAUCCCCCAGCAUCACCCGCCCAUGGCACAGAACCUGCAGUACCCUGAUGACUCAGAUGACGAAAAGAAGGCCGGCCCACUGGGCGGGAGCAGCUAUGAGGAGGAAGAAGAGGAGGAGGGCGGUGGAGGGGGCGAACGCAAGGUGGGCGGACCCCACCCCAAAUAUGACGAGGACGCCAAACGGCCCUACUUCACUGUGGAUGAAGCGGAGGCCCGUCAGGACGGCUAUGGGGACCGGACUCUGGGCUACCAGUAUGACCCUGAACAACUGGACUUGGCUGAGAACAUGGUUUCUCAGAACGAUGGGUCUUUCAUUUCCAAGAAGGAGUGGUAUGUGUAGCCCUACCUUCCGGAGCCUCUGUCUGUGCCCACUUCUCCCUGGCUCCUACCCGCACGCCCCCUGCCCACCCUCACAGUCCACUGCCCCAGGAGCUCAACAAAGACUUGACCAGCUGCCCUAAACCAGCCCCAAACUCCUGGGGAGCCAGGGGAGCUCAGGGCAGACCCCACUUGGCUUCGUUUUUUUAUUUCUGCCCUCUCCCACCCUUCCCCGCGGUGUUGUGUUCGACUGUGACUUUGGUGUUGCUGUAUCUUUCCUUUAAGGACCCCAUCCACUGCCCUCUGUGUUGGGAGCCCUGUUCUUGUCUUGUGUACUUGGGCGUCCCUCCAGGGUUUGGGGAGCCAGUCCUCUCCCACCCCCCAACACUGGAAUUUGUUUGUGUUCUCUUCAUUGGGGAGGGAGGGCAGAGGGGGCUUUAAGAUGAAGAGCACCCUCACCUCACCCCGUAUGCUGCUCCUUUGCCCAAUGUCCCCCCACUCUAAACUGGUGAUGCAGCCAGGGCACCUAAAAGGUUAUAGGGGAGUUCUCUGUGGUAUCCAGGGGAGUCUUGUCUGUGAAAUGAUGGAGCUGGGGUUCCUACUGGGGUCCUGGGCACUGUGUUUUCCUGGUAAGAGUGGCUUUAUGCUUUCUCUGUUCUGCUGGCCUACAAAAUGAGGUUGGCCUAGCUGUCAUAUACUGCUUUCCUUUACUCCCAGGCUGUUCUCUACAGAGUGGGUGACCCCAGCUGGACUCUACCCACAGUCCCUGUAUGCCUCCUCCAACACAUGCACACACACCACUGGGUCUCCCCCAGUGCUCUCACGCCCUGCCCAGGCUAAACACUGCCCCAGGCCCCACCCUCCUCUGCUCAGGGAGGGAUCAGCCCACAGAAGCAUCCAGAGACAGAGAGGAUGAACCACCCAGCUGCUGCCGCUCUAAGAUUUCAGUGUAGCUCCAACCUUUCCAACGGUGUGCACGUUUCUCGGAUUUCUCUUUAUCUGCAACACUUGACUCUUCUGGGAAGUCGGGGCUGGGAUCUCAGGAAGAAAUUUGAGGCAAAGAAGUAUUUAUAUGGCGAGGGCGUCCUCAUGGAAGCUCCGCAAACACAAUCUGGUGGUAGACUGCGGGGGACUGCUAACGUCUCAUACAGGAAGGCCAGCAUAGAUGUCACAGGUCUCAAAGAAAGUGCAGGAGCACCCAGGAACCUGCUGCUUGUCCACAGUUUCUACCAGUGCCAUUCUGAGGUGAGGUGGACGACGAAGGGCCCUCCCUUGAGUGCAUGGAGAAAGGCCCUCCCAGCUCACUGUCCCCAAGUUCAAAGUGCCUCACUUUCUCCAUCUGUGCCCCAAAUUCCCCACAUUCUAAAUGGCAUGCCUAUGCCCUGGGGUAGGCAAAGUGGGCUGCGAGAGCCCUAGGUCCUGCCUGCUGGGGUCUCAACUCACUCGGCCCAAGGUGACACUCUGAGGGAUAGCAGGUGUUGGGGAGAGGGAGGCAGAGCACUCUGUGCCCCAAGGGCACUGACCCACCCUGCCAUAGGCUUCCUAAGGGAGCCCCAGCCCUCGCCCCACCCCCCCUCCCUGGUGCUGCUAUUGAAUUCCCAGUCGAAGCGCCAUCUCUGGCACCCCUCAGCCCACCAGCUGGGGCCAUUUCACCAGGCCUUCACUGCCCUAGUCCCAGCCCAGGCCGCCCAGUAGCCACGUAGCAGAAGUCUGAAGCCAUGCCAGCCCUGUGGCGGCUCUCCCCUCUUGGCAUUGGGGGCACUGGAUAGGGUGGAGUUCAGGAAAGAAACUUCUAGGGCCUUUCUAGCCACAGGGCAGAGGAAGAUGGAGGGGCUGGGCUGCUUCUUCCAGCAGUAUUAGUGACCCUCCCAUGUCACAGCACCUCUCUCCUCCUCAUGCCAAUUCUAGCCCCUCUGCUUGGUCCCCUUACUCACAAGGCAGGAGGCAUUUC